AUGAAGGAGGUUAUCAUGAACCCCGCCAUCCCCCACACCGACAUGAUCAGCUCCGGUCCUUUCUCACACCGAACCUUUAAGGCUCUCUUGCUCCUGUCAAACUAUGACGAUCCACUCAUCCCUCUCCGCGGCCGGCCGGCCCCGCCCGACGCCCAUCCCACCUCCAUCGAGGCCUACCCCGACGUUGUCCACCCACCGCAUCUCAACCGCCUCAAGUCCGGCGCGAAGCGAGAAGCCCACGUCGAGCCCCUUAGCAUCCAAGUCGGCGACGACGGCACCGCCCCGCAUUCCUGCACCUUCCUCCGAGCUUCGUGCACACCCCGACCACGCACCACCGCGUCGCUGCCAUCCUCCUUUCGGGCGCGGGCGGCGGGCUCACGGGUCCGAGCGGCAUCUACCUUUCCUCGCGUGCAAGCUCGCCACCCUGGGUACUGCGUGGAGGACGUGCGCGCCGCCAUGGCCUUCUUGCGCGACAUGUACGGCAUCGAGAGGUUUAUCCUGGUUGGUUGGUCCUUUGGCGGCGCCCCCGUCUUCACAGUUUCCGGCGCCGACGACGAGUACGGCCGCAGCGUUAUUGCGUGCGCCACCGUCGCGAGCCAAACGGCAGAGACGAAAGGUAUCCGACACCUCGCCCCACGGCCCCUGCUGCUGUUGCACGGAACGGCGGACCGUACGUUGAGCCCGCGGUGCUCCCAGCAGCUGUACUAUGCGUACGGUGAGGAGGGCGAUAGGAAGAUUCACUUGUUCGAGGGCGACAACCACGCCCUGAUGCAGAAUCCGAUGGAAGCCGAGGAGAUGUUGUGCGAGUUCAUUGCGCGGUGCGCCGGGCUGAAGAUUAAGGCGGCUGACAAGGUUGAGGUAGUCGAGCAGAAGCUUGUGGAGAAUGACGAGCGGGAUUGGCUCAUGACGCAGGGCGGCGACUUGAGACCUCCAGAGCACAAGGAGUAG